CACUUUCUUCCAAAAUCAGGUGGAAGGAUUGAAUCCGCAAAGGAUCUGCACGAAUUUCACGUCGAUCUUGAACUGCGCACUGCUACUCCGUUAAAGGUGGCGGCUCGUUUUCAAAUCAACAUUCUGAUGCAAUCUAUACCGGGCAUUGAAGUCGUCGAAGAUAUCCGGGAGGUGUACAUGCCAGUGAUCUGGUUCGGUGUGGAGGCUGAUUUAAGCGACAAACUUUUGGGAUUGAUCCAUUUCAUGUUAAUAGGACCCUACAUCGGAUGCUUCUUCUUUUUCAUGAUGUUCGUUACCUGCAUAAUUGUGGUCGCAAAAAGUGCAGUCAAGUAUUCCAAGAUGAGAAAGGAAGUUCCGCCAGUACAUCCGGAGGAAGAAGGUGAUCGAUCGAAAGAAGAAGACCUUGAAAAAUCCGAACCCAUUCAAAAAACAAAUACGUAA